CAUGAUUAUUUCAGCUCUGAAUCGACACUCCACUUAUCUCAAUUUCCACAAUUAAAAUGAUUAUUAAAAACAAGUUACACAUGUACGUUUUGCAGAUAUGCCCACAAAAAGCAUAUAACUAGAAAGAAUCGACAAUUGUCAGCUCAUUUCCAAGGUAAAUCUGCCUAUGAAAUUUCACAGUUUGUGCUUGGCUUUGCUUCCACCCAAUUGCAUUUGGACUUCAUACCCAUACUUUGUCUUUUGCAAUUUCUUUUGUGGCACACUCGAGUUCAUACUGUUAAGGUCCUGAAACUUGUGCAGAACAAGUGAUGGAGAUUUACACUCAGUAUCAACCUCCCACCAUCAAAAUCCCCUUCGAUGUCACUAAGAAGUUUCAUGUGUUUCUCAGCUUUUAUGGAAAAGAUGUGAGAAAAACAUUUGUCGAUCAUCUCUACGAAUCUCUCUGUGUAGCAGGGCUUCGGGUUUUCCUGGACAGUGAAGACUUUAAGAAGGGCAAAGACGUCGAUUCCACCUUGAAAAUGCCCAUUGAAACAAGUCAUAUUGUCAUACCCAUAUUUUCCAGAUUCUAUGCAGAGUCACCUUGGUGUCUGGAGGAGGCGGCGCGGAUGAUUAGAUCCAAUGGCUUCAUCAUUCCCCUGUUUUAUGAUGUGGAGCCCUCUGAUGUUCGCUACCCUCAAAGAAAUGGAGGUCUGUUCGCCCGGGCAUUCCAAAAUCAUUACACCCAUUUAGAUCGCCAGGAUGAAAAGACAAUUGAGGAAUGGAAGAAGGCUCUUCAUCAAAUCUCUUUUUGUUCUGGCUGGACAAGGGAAGCAGAAUUCGGGUACGAAGGAAGACUAGUGAAAAAAGUUAUGAAAGAUGUGUUGAAUACCUUCAAGAAUACUCCGCUGGAUGUCCCUGUGCAUCUUGUGGGACUCCAAACGGAUAUCUAUGACCUACUUUGCAGUCUAAAUCUGAGUUCCUGGGAUAGUACAGUCAGAGUGGGAAUCAGUGGCUUAGGUGGUGUUGGGAAAACUACCUUAGCGAAGGCUGUCUACAAUAAAAUUCAUGGUGGGUUUGAUGCCUGUUGCUUUGUCUUCAACAUUGGAGCUGCAGUAGAGAAAAACACCAGACUUGUGGACUUGCAGAGAACAAUUUUAAGGAGACUGGUAAAUUACCAUGAAGAAAUUUCAAGUGUUGAUGAGGGAAAAGCUCUGAUGAGAGAUCGAUUGCGAGGAGUUCGUACCCUUGUCAUAUUGGACGGUGUGGAUGAUAGAAGCCAAUUACAAGCGCUGAAUGGCGAUUGGUUUGGGUAUGGUAGUAGAAUCAUCAUUACAUCCCGAGACCAGCACAUACUAAAUCUUGCUAAGGUCGACUCUGUUCACAAAAUGAGUGGAUUACAGCAGCAUGAAAGUCGCCAGUUGUUCAGCUGGCAUGCUUUCUCAAGGCCAUUUCCAGAUUCCCCUGACGAAGAGAUUUCUACAAGAAUUGCCCAAGCCUGUUGUGGGAAUCCUCUUUCACUAGAAGUCAUUGGAUCACAUUUGUUUGACAAGAAGGAGUCCAACGAAAUUCAAUGUUGGGAAGAAAUUCUCCUUAACAUUGGAGAAAACCCCAAAAUGUCUACACUCCUUCGGGUCAGUUAUGAUGGACUUGGUGACAUUGAGAAGGAGAUAUUUCUGGAUGUAGCUUGUAACUUUGUAGGUGAGAAGAAAAGACAUGCAGUUAUUUUCUGGGAAGUUUUAUACCCAAAUAAAGUUCAAACAGCUAUCAAGAAUCUUUUGCUGAAAAUGCUCAUAAACAUCAGUGGCCCUCAAGAACUCCUCCAUAUGCAUGACCUUCUGCGGGAAAUGGGAAGAGGAAUUCAAAAGGAAGCUGACCAUAAUAGUAGACUGUGGCUUCCUAUGAGUACACAUAAUGCCUUGAAGAGAGACAGAGCAGAGAGAACGAAAAUGCUGGUUUACACAGGACAGAAUGAAAAUGAGCCUGUUGUCCUGCAUAACAUGCCUUCGCUGCGCUACCUAUUUUUGCAAAAUACAAAAGUGCUGAGCAACAUUGGGAAGCUAGCUCCAAAUUUGUUAUGGAUAAGAAUUAGAAAUUGUGAAUUUCUAAGUGAUAUAUACACAUGGUUAAUAUUAAGAAACAGACUCCAGUUUGAUGGCAGUUGGUCUCAAAUCAGGAUGUUUAGUCUAGAGCUGUGUGCAAGUCUUACCAGAACCCCAAAAACACUUAACAAUUCAGUGAAUCUUCAGUGCUUGAAUUUGGAGCAUUCAAGCACUAUCCCAACCAUCCCAAACUCGGUCGGCAACUUUUCACAACUGAAGCAAUUCAAUUUGGGCGGCUGUGCAAGUUUAACAAGCCUUCCUGACACUGUGGGCAACUUGAAGCAGCUAAAAGAUUUGUGUUUGAGAGGCUGUACAGGUCUCAAAAGCCUUCCCAGCACUGUAGGUAAUUUGGCUCAACUACAAGUGCUGAAUUUGUAUGGAUGUAGAGGCCUAAGGGUUCUUCCUAACUCAGUGGGCGAGUUGGAAAAACUCCAAGUGUUGAACUUGCAUGGUUGUGAAAGUUUACAAAGCCUUCCUUCCAAGCUUAGGAUGUUAAACUUCCAUGGUGCUCAGAUCUCGGAUGCUUCCAGCAUAUGGAAUCUCAAGUCUACAUUCCAUGGAGAAGUACCAAGUGUUGAUGAAGGAAGAUCUCUGAUGAGAGAUCGAUUGCGUGGAGUUCGGGCUCUUUUGAUUUUGGACGAUGUGAAUGAUGGAGAGCAGCUGCAUGCGGUGUAUGGGGAUUGGUUUGGGCAUGGUAGCAGAGUCAUCAUUACUUCCCGAGACCAACACAUACUAAACCUUGCCAAGCUUGAUUCAGUUCUUGAAAUGAGUGGACUAGGGAUAGAUGAAGGUCUCGAAUUAUUCAGUUGGCAUGCUUUCUCUGGCGCACUCCCAGAGACACCUUACCAAGAGCUUUCUAUAAAAAUUGUGAGUGCCUGCCGAGGGCAUCCUCUUGCAUUAGAGGUCAUUGGAUCACAUUUGUUUGAUAAGAGAAAGUCAAACGACAUCCGAUGUUGGGAAGAAGCUGUCCAUAACAUUGGAGAAAAUCCAAGCAUAUCUAGAAUUCUUCAAACGAGUUAUGAUGGACUUACCCAUGUCGAGAAGGAAAUUUUUCUGGAUACAGCUUGCUACUUUGUUGGUGAGAGUAAAAGAGACGCUUAUAUUAUGUGGGAAGUUUUAUACCCAAAUAAAGUUCAAACGGCUAUCAAGAAUCUCUCGCUGAAAAUGCUUAUAGACAUCAGAGAUCAUGAUUUCCUCCAUAUGCAUGACCUUCUGCAGGAAAUGGGAAGAGGAAUUCAAGAGCAGGCUGAUAAUAAUAGCAGACUCUGGCCAUCUAUGGUUGGACAGAAAUCUUUUAACAAGGACAGAGCAAAGGAAGUGAAGAUGCUUGUUUACAGAGUAGAGAAUAAAAGAGACCCUGUUAGCUUGCAUAACAUGCCUUCUUUGCGCUACCUAUUUUUGCAAAAUACAAAGGUAGCGGUCAACGUUGUAAAGCUAGCUCCGAAUUUGAUAUGGAUAAAAAUUAGGGAUUGUGAGGUUGUAAGUGAUAGGCAUACAUGGAUGAUGUCAAGAACCCAACUCCAGUUUGACAGCAGUUGGUCCCAAGUAAGGAUCUUAAGUCUAGAGCAGUGUGCAUUUCCCACGAAAAUCCCAAACACGCUAGACAGCUUGGUGAACCUUCAACGCUUGUAUAUACAGCAUUGUAAGGAUCUCACAACACUUCCAAGCACAGUCGGUAACUUGUUACAACUCAAGGAGCUCAAAUUGUGCGGCUGUAAAAGUUUAAAACGCCUUCCUGAUACUGUGGGCAACUUGGUGCGGCUAGAAGUGUUGUGUUUGGGCGACUGUGCAGAUCUAAAAAGCCUUCCCAGCACUUUAGGUAAUCUGGCUCAACUACAAUCGUUGAACUUGGUGAGAUGUACAGGUUUAAGGAGUCUUCCGAACACAAUUGGCGACCUGGCACAACUCAAGUGGUUGAACUUACGAGGUUGUUCAGGUUUACAAAGACUUCCCAACACAAUUGGCGACCUGGCACAACUCAAGUGGUUGAAUUUGUUUGAAUGCUCAGAUUUGCAAAAACUUCCUUACACGGGGGGGUAUGUUAUCAAACCUUACAUUCUUAAACCUUCAUGGGUGCUCAGGCCUGGGAAGCUUUCAUCAUAUCGUUGUCAAGUUAGCCCAGCUGAGGGAGUCAAACAGAAGCGCCGGAUUGGGAAGCUUGGUGCAGAAGAAGUUUCAUGUCUACGUUGGUUUUAAUGUAGGCGCAGAGCAGGAAGGAGAAACAUUGAUGGGCCAUCUUCAGAAAUCUGUUCGAAUAUGCAGGGGCAGAAAGGAUGACCAAAGUCUUUGCACCGAGUCACUCCGUAUAUGCAGGGGCUGGGAGGAUGACCAAAGUAGAGACAUUAGCUGGGCAAUUGAUAGCAGUGAUAUUCUUGUUCCAGUAUUAUCAAGAGGCUAUGACCG